UUCAGUGACACAGCAUGAAAAGGUUAUGAGAACCUGCAGAGCUUGGUGAUUCAGGAGUCCGAGACGAGCCAAUGAGAGGAUGGCCAGAGGUCACAUGAUCUACAAAGCUGCCGUCCAGCUGGUUCUGCCGAUGCUGCUGAGUGUCCUGCCGCUCACACACACUCAAAAUCCACCUCGUUUCACCCGGACACCCACUGACCAAACAGGUGUGCAGGGCGGAGUGGCCUCCUUCGUAUGCCAGGCGACAGGAGACCCACAGCCCCGAAUCUCUUGGAGCAGGAAGGGCAAAAGAGUCACCAACCAGAGAUUUGAGGUGAUUGAGUUUGAAGACGGCUCCGGUUCAGUCUUGCGCGUGCAGCCACUGCGGACCCCACGUGAUGAGGCUAUAUACGAGUGUGUGGCCUCUAACGAGGCCGGCGAGAUCAGCGCCUCCACCCGCCUCACGGUGCUGCGCGAGGACCAGCUUCCUCACGGCUUCCCGUCCAUAGAUAUGGGGCCUCAGCUCAAGGUGGUGGAACGUUCUCGCACAGCCACCAUGCUGUGUGCAGCCAGCGGCACUCCUGACCCGGAGAUCACCUGGUUUAAGGACUUCCUUCCCAUUGACACACACACUCACGGACGCAUCAAACAGCUGCGCUCAGAGUCCUUUGGGGGUACACCAAUCAGAGGUGCACUGCAGAUUGAUCGGAGUGAAGAAACAGAUCAAGGGAAAUAUGAGUGCGUGGCUACGAAUAGCGACGGGACACGUUAUUCGACACCUGCUAACCUCUACGUCAGAGAGCUGAGAGACGUGCGCCGGAUCCCUCCACGCUUCUCUGUGCCGCCCAUGGAUUACGAAGUCAUGCCUGGAGGAGGGGUGAACAUCACAUGCCAGGCAGUGGGCGUUCCCAUGCCUUAUGUGAAGUGGAUGCUUGGAACGGAGGACCUGACCCCGGAAGAUGACAUGCCCAUUGGAAGGAAUGUGCUCGAACUCACAGAUGUGCGGCAAUCAGCCAAUUACACCUGCGUGGCCAUGUCCACUCUCGGUGUUAUUGAAACAGUUGCACAGAUCACAGUCAAAGCCCUCCCAAAUCCUCCAGGAGCUCCGGUUGUCAUGGAGCGUUCAGCCACCAGCAUAACUUUGAUGUGGGACAGCGGGAACCCACUUCCUGUUUCCUAUUACAUCAUCCAGCACCGACCCGCCUCCUCUCAUGACCCUUUUAAAGAGAUCGAUGCGGUGGCGACAACACGAUACAGCGUUGGUGGCCUCAGCCCCUACUCACACUAUCACUUCCGGGUCAUAGCGGUGAAUUCGAUUGGCCGCAGUCCUCCGAGUCCUACCGUAGAAACUCGCACAGCAGAGCAAGCCCCAAGCUCACCGCCACGCAGAGUCAGAGGCCGCAUGCUCAGUGUGUCCACGGCAAUGGUGCAGUGGGAGGAGCCAGAGGAAGCAAACGGACAGGUGGUCGGCUACCGGGUGUACUACACAUCUGAUUCGUCACUGCAAGUCAACCAGUGGGAGAAGGAGAUGGUUCGUGGAGCAAAUUUCAUGACGAUACAGAAUCUAACACCAAACAAGACCUAUUACAUUAGAGUUCUGGCUUUUACUGCAGUGGGAGAUGGUCCUCUCUCCAGCGACCUGCACAUCAUUGCCAAAACAGGAGUUCCUUCUCAGCCCACUGAACUGAAGGCAGAAGUUAAGUCCGAGACGAGCGUACUGCUCUCCUGGCUUCCUCCGGCUCACAGUGGCACCGACGCCAUCAUAGGAUACGAACUCGUAUACAGGCUCGGAGACCAGCCUGAGCAGAAGAUCGUGUUCGAACCAAGCCCCAGCUACGUGCUAAAGAACCUGAAGCCCUUCUCCACCUACAGCUUUCAGUUAGCAGCACGUAGUAAACACGGCGUGGGGGCCUUCACCAGCGAGAUCAGCAUACAAACUCCACAAACCCUGUUUGCUGUGAACUUCCAUGUGAAAGCUGCUAUGAAGAGCUCAGUAUGGCUUGUCUGGGAGCCACGAACCUCACAGAACAAACCCUCGACUUUUAUUGUCUCGUACGGCGACGGUCACAAACUGGAUGUAGACGGGCGUCUCGGGCAGCAGCGGGUCACCGAGUUAAAGCCUCAGUCGCGCUAUACGUUCCUUCUGAGUAAUAAAGCAGACGGCAGGGAGGGCCUGCAGCACCGUGCCGACGCCAUGACCGCACCAAACCUGCUGCCUAGAAAACCUCAACUAGUGGAGAAGAGCAGCUCCGACAGCACAGUCACACUGCAGCUGCCCUCCGUGCACACACACGCUCCUGUCAGGGGUUUCUAUAUCGUUGUCGUCCCACUGAAGAGGCAGAGAGGAGGAAACUUCCAGAAUCCUUGGAGUGAUCCAGACGACAUGAAUUUAGAUGAGCUUCUGAGGAUGAUCAAUGGCACGAGCCGAUCGGUACGUUUACGGAGGCAGGCCGAGCUGAAGCCGUACAUCAGCGCCUACUUCCAGAAUCUUCCCUCCGAGUUUAAGCUUGGAGACAGGCGUGUGUAUGGAGUGUUCCUGAACCGACAGCUUCUCAAUGGACAGGAAUACGUCUGCUUCGUGCUGGCCAUUUUAGAGCUGGGACAGAAUACCGUGUACUCAACCAGCCCGUUUUCUGACCCCAUGGUGUUCUCAGACAUGGAGCCUCAGCCAAUAGUGGACGAGGAGGAGGGGCUGCUUUGGGUGGUGGGGCCUGUACUGGCUGUCAUCUUCAUCAUCAGCAUAGUCAUCCUCAUCCUCCUGUUUAAGAGCAAACCAGACAGGAAGCGGGCGGAAUUAGAAGGCAGAAAGUGCAGCUUCCCGAGUAGUGGCAAAGCUAUGAGCUCCCAGCAUCCCUCAGACCCCGUGGAGCUCCGCAGGAUCAACUUCCCAACACCCGGUUUGCGUUCUUCUGGUUAUCGUCGUUUGCCAAGUAUGACCAGUCAUCCUCCAGUCCCUAUCUCAGAAUUGCCCAGUUACAUAGAGAGAAAGAAGGCCAACGAGAGCCUAAGGUUCUCUCAGGAGUAUGAGUCUAUUGACCCUGGGCAGCAGUUCUCUUGGGAGCAUUCAAACCUGGACAUUAAUAAACCAAAGAACCGUUAUGCAAAUGUCAUCGCCUACGACCACACCAGAGUGGUGCUGUCUAACAGCGAUGGUCAGCCAGGUGGUGACUACAUCAAUGCCAAUUUCAUUGAUGGGUACCGGCGACAAGGCGCCUACAUCGCCACACAGGGGCCCAUGCCAGAUACUAUCAGUGACUUCUGGAGGAUGGUAUGGGAGCAGCACACAGCUAACAUCGUCAUGAUCACCAAACUAGAGGAGAAAUCAAGGAAUAAGUGUGAUCAGUACUGGCCGAGCCGAGGCACAGAGACGUACAGCCUCAUGCAGGUGUCUGUGCUAGACACCGUAGAGCUUGCUGCUUACUGCGUCAGGACCUUUGCACUCUAUAAGAGUGGCAGCAGUGAGAAGCGAGAGGUCCGUCAGUUCCAGUUCACGGCGUGGCCCGAUCACGGUGUACCUGAACACCCCACGCCCUUCCUCGCCUUCCUGCGCAGAGUCAAAGCCUGUAAUCCUCCAGACGCCGGGCCAAUCGUAGUGCACUGCAGUGCGGGCGUGGGGCGUACCGGCUGCUUCAUCGUGAUCGAUGCCAUGCUGGAGCGUGUGAAGCAGGAGAAGACGGUUGACGUGUACGGUCACGUGACGCUGAUGCGCUCUCAGAGAAACUACAUGGUGCAGACAGAGGAGCAGUACGUGUUUAUAUAUGACGCGCUGUUGGAGGCCGUCACCUGUGGCAACACGGAGGUGCCUGCACGCAACCUUUACGCCUACAUCCAGAGACUCUCACAGGCCGAGCCGCCCGACAACAUCAGCGCCAUGGAGCAUGAGUUUAAAAGGUUAGCAAACGCGAGGGCACACAACUCCCGAUUUGUGAGUGCCAACCUGCCCUGCAACAAGUUUAAAAACAGGCUGGUGAACAUCAUGCCGUACGAGAGCACGCGUGUGGGCCUGCAGCCAAUCCGAGGAGUGGAGGGCUCGGACUACGUCAAUGCCAGCUUUAUAGACGGUUAUAGGCAGCAGAGGGCGUAUAUCGCCACGCAGGGUCCUCUGGCUGAGACAGCUGAAGAUUACUGGAGAAUGCUGUGGGAACACAACUCCACUAUUGUAGUGAUGCUCACUAAACUUAGAGAGAUGGGAAGGGAGAAGUGCCACCAAUACUGGCCAUCGGAGAGGUCAGCACGCUAUCAGUACUUUGUGGUGGACCCUAUGGCUGAGUACAACAUGCCGCAGUACAUCCUGCGAGAAUUUAAAGUGACCGAUGCCAGGGACGGCCAGUCCCGCACUGUUCGCCAGUUCCAGUUUACUGAUUGGCCAGAGCAGGGCGUGCCAAAGUCUGGUGAAGGCUUCAUAGAUUUCAUUGGCCAGGUGCACAAGACAAAAGAGCAGUUUGGUCAAGACGGACCCAUAACAGUACACUGCAGUGCCGGUGUUGGGAGGACAGGUGUCUUUAUCACUUUGAGCAUAGUGCUGGAGAGGAUGCGUUAUGAAGGAGUGGUCGACAUCUUCCAAACUGUCAAAAUGCUGCGAACGCAGAGACCAGCCAUGGUGCAGACGGAGGAACAAUACCAGUUUUGCUACCGUGCAGCACUGGAGUACCUGGGCAGUUUCGAUCACUAUGCAACAUAAAGCGUCUCUGGUUUCUGCCAGCUUCUCUGGACCAGCAGGACAUUUCCUCCCGUGUAAUCGUCUGUGCUAAAUAGCAGUCUCCCAGUGCGUCUGUACUGAGUGUGCUGUCAAGCCGUGUGUUCUUGGCUCUGGAAAAGGUAAAAGGUAGCACUGAACUGAUUGAAAGGUCAGUGUAGUUUCUGUUCAGUUCAGGGCUAUCUUAAGAUAAUCACCACGAACAUUAAAUCCAGCGCCUGGGAGACGAGUGCUCAAGCAAGUUUUAUUUUUGAUUUUGAUUAAAAUGUACCACUGAUUAGUUACCAACUUGUAAGAGAUUGGGGCUAAUACCUAAUCACUGAAGUUUUUAAACUCCUGCAAUGACCAGUUGCACGCAAAUAUGUGCACACACACACACACACACACGCGCACGCGUGCGCGCGCAGAGUGGACCACUGGCAGUCGUGGUUUACCGAACAGGCUGUGCAGUACUGAACAUGACUGCACUAUUGAUUUAACUUGAAAGCACACAGAAUAAUCCACAGUAAUUAUAUCACCUGUUGAAUUGUUUAAGUAUAAAAAUACAUUUUAUAUAUAUAUAUCAUAUAGUAUAUAUAAAAUACACACAGUAUUCACGUGUACUGUAUGUGGUGGACUGGGAAAAAUCUGUCCGAGAACUGUCGCUGAAUUCUGAAAGCCAUUCAGAGUAUAAGGUUUCUGUCUAUAAUAUAAUCUCGUCUUUUAGAACCCCAUAAAUACGUUUCUUCGAACGAAGUGAAUAACCUUGUCUAGGCUCCCUUUGAUCUCCCUGCAAAAGAUUACGUCGCGUAAGGAGUCGCAAAUUAGUGCGAUUUCCUCACUAAGUGAAAGUCAUGUGUUAAUCAGGUUGUUGGAGAGCUACGUCGUAAUGAAAUGGCUGCAAGUCCCACAGUCCUGAAGUGUUUUAUUCCUCUUUUACCACACAGUGUUUUGCCGAUGCUAAAAAUGUAUUUGUUUGUAAUUACAUUUAAUCUGUGCUUGAAGAAUAGGCUAGUUCCUCUUAUAGCAGCUAAAACAGGUGUUCUCUCACCAACCCGCCUUUAUUUUUAUCUCUCUUGAAAUUAAUGUAAAACAAAACAGAGCUUGUCCUGUUUCCCAUGUAAAAAAAAACAAAAAAAAAACACUUUACCUCUUACUGUUAGAAAGCACCAACACUGGAGAGUCCUUCUAAAUAUACGAACUAGACGUCUCCUCACCACUUGACUGAGGACACACAAACAUGCACGAGCACUUGCUCUAGAAAUGAUCAAAUAUUAGAACUGAUAAACUAUUAGAACAAGCACAUUUAAAGGAGAACUGAAGGCAAUUUUUUUAUUCUAUUUCUCAUUUUAUUAAAUACAGGAAUGCAUUUCUGACCGCUAUUUUGUCGCUGCUACAGUAUAGCAAGUUCUGAGUGUUUGAAAUAUGCUCUGCAAUAUAUCAGUCCAUAUGUCAAAGCAACGGCCGUAAACGAGAUUCGUUGAGACCUGUACGAGACAUCGUAGGACGGAAGUAAAACCUACAGCGGAAACCAAAGUGACGCUCGCCCUCCUUCGAUUGCUGACGUAAUCAAGCCGGAAGUUUUGUUUGUUUUGAUAGCGAUCAGGAAAGUUUGAAAAAAGUCGGCAGUAAUCGUCAUUUAAACUCGUUUUUGUGCAAUACUUCGUUUGGAAAACAGUUUUCAAAAUGGCGGCGCUGACGCUUCACAUUUUGAAGUCUCGUGAAGAUCGCGCGGAUAAGCGACGCCUGCCGUGGACCAAACGAACUAAAUUCAACAUGGCUAAAAACCGAACAGGCCGAUAAGUAUAAUAUUUAAUUGCAAUUAGUUGCCAAUACGAGUCACGAUAUACAGUGGUAUGCAAAAGUUUGGGCAC